AUGAGCAGGGUUGCCCCCUGGGCCUCCUGGGCCGAAUUCCAUGGUGUCUUCCUCCAGCUAACAUCUUCGCAGCCGGGCGAAAGAGCCAGGGGUGUCAAGCGAGUUGAAACCUGGAGGACUCGAUGUCGACUACCUGUGGCGGUGGAUGUCACAGCAAGCUUCGUGGAGAUAAUGCUGAACGAUGCCUAUCUGAAUCCUGAAGCAGCCGCCCCCCGAAGUGAUCACGAACUGCGCCUCAUGUAUGCAAUGGCCGUCGUGCGCCUGGUCAACGGCAUCGUAGAUGUCUCGCGCACGGGGAGGACGACCAUCUUGGCCAGGGCACAGAGUGCAGAAUGGCCACAGCUGUUCGUGGAUCUGCGGCACGAAGCCUCUCACCAGAACCUGCCAUCAUUGCCGAUACUUCGCCUGGCAGCCCAGGAGGCCGUUUGGCUCCUGGUCGAGCGCUACUGGCGCCCUCAGCUUCAAAAAAUCGAGGAGAGAGGGCGCAACGGAACAUCCCAGCUGGCGGACCGAGGGGCAAAGACCCUGGACCGGAAGUUGAAGGCUCUCAUGUGGUGCACAGCGGCGACGCGUGCUGCAGAGGAGCCAUCGCAGAAACGCCGGAAGUUUGGCAACAAGAUGAAGGCUCAAGAGGAUCAGGAUUCAGCGGCUGCUGCAAGAGAAGCAAGCUUGGCGGCCAAGAAGGCUGCUGAAGAUGUAUCCGGAAUGGCUGCAGAUGAAAGUAAGCUUCUCGCGCGCGUUUUUCAGGUUCUCGAGGGCGAACCUCAUGCAGACGGAAGAGACAGCAGAGCUCUGCACCUGCUGUGCCAGACAUGUUCGGAGAACUUCGCUUUGCGUUUGCUUCGCCAUCUUCUCUUUGCGGCUGCGGGACUUCCCACAGUAAAGCUCGAGGGGGCGGCUGACAACUGUCCAAGCUUGCGCAAUAUCUCUGAUCACUAUGGUUCUGCAGCGACCGAGCAGGGCAUGAAGGAGCACUCGAGGGAGGAUUCGGAAAGGAUGCUCCGCUGGCUUUGGGCCCUGUUGUCUGACACUCCGGACAAAGAUUCUGGAAGUUCUUCACGAGUCCGCUGUACGUUGGCCAGCUUACUGCCUUCACUGCGGCUUGCCGCCGUUGGCCACAUGGCGAGCUCAAGCGGCUCCGACGUUGCAUCUCGCUCCUCUCGGCUCUGGGCAGUCCUGAGAGAAGAGCCCCUGGAUGCCGGGGCCGACAUGUUCUCCGCCAUCUGCGAGGCAUUGGAUCCAACCAGUGGCCUCUCCUUGCCGGACUCUCCAAGUCAAGGACCCCUUUCACCUCUUAAU